UAUAUAGCGCGCCAAAACGCCGCCAACGCUCAUUUGUUUCCAUAAUCGGACGCGAUUCGCACUUGUUAGCACAGCCUACUCGACAAAGUGGUGUUUUCGGCCGAAAAAAUGACAGAAAAUCGAUUCAAAAUCGAAAAAACCUACGACAACGCGGCUUUCCAAAUCGGCCACGACGAUGACACGAGUAGGAACAACCAAAAAAACAGAGUUAGCAUCGAUUUUAGUGAGAAAAAACGGCGGAAAAGUAUAGUGCACAUCACGAAAGAAGUGUUGCCCAGGUUGGAGAAUUACAGGAAUUCUAGGAGGGCUGUCAAAAGGCCGUCACUGGGUGAAUUGCACGGGACUGAGGAGUAUGCUAAGGAAAAAUCAGCUGAAAAUGCGGACAUUCAGACGAAUCAAAGCAGCGCACAGCAUGGCAUCAAGCUUGGCUGGAUCCAAGGAGUGCUCAUCCCCUGCAUGCUCAACAUUUUUGGAGUUAUGCUCUUUCUGCGGCUCUCCUGGGUAGUUGCUGAGGCAGGAACAGGAUUAUCCCUACUCAUCAUAGCAAUAUCAGCGGUUGUCUGUGUAAUAACGACUUUGUCCUUAUCAGCCAUCUGUACAAACGGUGAAGUUAAUGGAGGUGGAAUAUACUACAUCAUCUCCAGAUCCCUCGGACCUGAGUUUGGAGCCUCUGUAGGCAUAGUCUUUGCUUUCGCAAACGCUGUAUCCGCAUCCAUGAACACCAUAGGCUUCUGUAACUCGCUCAGCGAUCUACUGAACACCUACGGAUACAAAAUAUUCGAUGGUGGAGUCAAUGAUGCCAGAGUUAUAGGAACCAUAUCCACUCUGGUUAUGAUCCUGAUCUGCGCUGUGGGUAUGGAAUGGGAGAGCAAAGCUCAGAACUUUCUUAUAGCAAUCAUAGGAGGCGCUAUAUUCGAUUUUGUAGCUGGUGCAAUAAUGGGACCUGUGAAUGAUGUUCAGAGAGCUCAAGGGUUUACAGGGUUUAAUAGCACAGUAUGGACCGACAAUUGGUAUCCAAGCUACAGAGUCUCAGAAGGAGUUGACUACAACUUCUUUCAAGUAUUUGCCAUAUUUUUUCCGUCAGUUACUGGUAUUCAAGCGGGAGCAAACAUUUCGGGAGACCUUAAAGAUCCAGCGUCUGCAAUUCCUAAAGGAACUAUGCUUUCACUCAUUAUUACCAUGAUAACUUACGCCUUAUUUGUUGUAUUUUCUGGUGCAGCUGCUGUCAGGGAUGCCAGUGGCAACGUUGCUGACUUUGUAGCGGGCAACUUAACGGACUGUGCUCAAAAUUUCACUUGCGAUUAUGGACUUUUCAACAGCUAUCAGAUGAUGACAAUAAUGUCAGCUUGGUGGCCUUUAAUCUACGCUGGAUGCUUCGCUGCGUGUAUCAGUACGGCCUUAACCAACCUACUCUCAGUACCACGACUUAUUCAAGCUUUAGGAAUCGAUGAGAUCUAUCCAGGGCUUAUAUACUUCUCCAAAGGCUAUGGAAAAGCUGGAGAGCCUUACAGAGGUUACGUUCUAACCUUCCUCGUUUCUGUCUCGUUUGUUCUGAUUGGUGAACUAAAUGCCAUAGCUCCCUUGAUAUCGAAUUUCUAUUUGGCUUCGUAUGCUUUGAUCAAUUUCUGUACUUUUCACGCUGCAUUGAUCAAACCCCUGGGUUGGAGACCUGAGUUUAAAUACUAUAAUGUAUGGUUGAGUCUAUUUGGAUUCAUCUCCUGCGUAGCAAUCAUGUUCCUGAUCAACUGGAAAACAUCCCUAAUAACAUUUAUCGUAAUCCUGGGUCUAUAUUUAGUAGUUGUAUACAGAAAUCCUGACGUCAACUGGGGCUCAUCUACACAAGCCCAGACUUACAAGACAGCUCUCGCAUCAACUCAGAAGCUGAUCAACGUUGGGGAACACGUGAAGAAUUACAAACCUCAAAUUUUGGUGCUGACUGGUUCUCCCAAACACAGGCCAUCUUUGAUUGAUUUUGCCAGUACUAUCACUAAGAAUCAUUCGCUUUUGAUUGUGGGUGAUGUCAUCGAAUCAAAAAUCAAUCACAAGAUUAAGGCUCAACGAACCAUUGAUGCGUAUACUUUUUUGAAAAACAACAAAGUGAAGGCAUUUUACAAUUCGAUUGACAGCACAAGUUUCGAAGAAGGUGCCAAGGCAUUGAUGAAAGUUUCAGGCAUUGGAAAACUGGUUCCAAACGUGUUGCUCAUGGGUUACAAAGCUGAUUGGUCAGUGUGUCCGAGACACGAACUAGUUUCGUACUUCAACGUCUUACACGCAGCAUUUGAUCAGCACUUGGGAGUGGCCAUUUUAAGAGUCAGUGGAGGCCUAGAUUACAGCAGUUUGACUGAUAUAGAGGACAACAGUAGCUCUUCCGAGCACUCAAUAGUCUCAGUUCAGCAACAGGAACUCAGAACAUCUCCGUCAAGUGCUCUGAUGAUGCAUUCUGAUUCGAACCUUAACAUCAACGAUGUUGGGCUUGCCGUAACCAAAUCUAGUGGAGAACCGAUUAUGUCUGAUGAGUCUAAUAAUAUCAAUCCUAAAGAAGAACCUAAAAAAGAAAGCAAUAUUUUGAACCUAAAUUCAAGUAAAAAGAAGCAAAAACAAUCAAAAAUCAAGCUGGAUGUCGUGUUGAGUAUGUCCAACGAAAAACUGCCUCACGUUGAAGAAAUCAACAGGUUUAGAAAGAAGCAAGACAAAGGAUUUAUUGACGUAUGGUGGCUAUAUGACGAUGGUGGACUGACCAUGCUUCUUCCUUACAUAAUAUCGACCAGACAUUGCUGGUCCAGCUGUAAACUCAGAGUUUUUGGACUGGCCAGCAAUACUAACGACCUAGCUCUGGAGGAAAGAAACAUGGCCCAUUUAUUGUCAAAAUUCAGACUGAAUUACACGUCUCUUAAGAUGGUUUCCCUCUCGGAUAGACCCAGUGAUGAGACUGUAGCUGCUUUCAACAGUAUAGUCAGUGGUUUUAAGAGUGAAACUAAUACUCUCAAUGACUGUCAAAUAACAGACGCAGAAUUGAAUGCCAAUCAAGAAAAGACACACAGACAACUUAGGUUACGAGAUCUUCUAGUUGAAAACUCACAAAAUGCCAAUUUAAUAGUAAUGUCUCUUCCAAUGCCCAGAAAGGGUAGUUUAUCAGCCCCCCUGUAUAUGGCUUGGCUCGAAGUCCUUACAAAAGAUAUGCCUCCGUUUUUACUAGUCAGAGGCAACCAACAAUCAGUACUUACGUAUUACUCUUAAAAAACGAGAUUCUUACAAAUAAAAUUUGAUCUAGAUUAGUUAAAAAUGUUUCAGUAUUAUUUUACUUAAGUUUCACGUACUUUAUUAUAGUUUAGUCGUUUAUUUAAGUGAUUUUAAUUGAACGUGCUUAAUAAAAAUAGCAUAUUCCAUUUUAUUUAUGUCCGAGACUUAACUAUGUAAUAGAAUUGACGUUGAUAAGUAAUUGUAAGGUUGUUUAGGCAUGUAAAAUAUUGUUAUGGCUUUUAAAUAGAGAUAUUUUUAGAAUUAA